AUGGUGGUAGAUCGAUCAAAUGUCGAUCACAUUAUGCGUGGUCUUCAGAGUACGGAGGGUGUUAGGCUUCACAAUCAUAGGAAAAAAUUACGUCAAAGGUUUGACAUUAUAAAAAAAUUAGGACAAGGUACUUACGGUAAAGUUCAAUUGGGUAUUAAUAAAGAAACCGGUCAAGAAGUUGCCAUAAAAACAAUUAAAAAAUGUAAAAUCGAAACGGAUGCGGAUUUAGUUAGGAUAAGACGUGAAAUUCAAAUUAUGAGUUCCGUACGACACCCUAAUAUUAUUCACAUAUAUGAGGUAUUUGAAAAUCGUGAAAAAAUUGUUUUGGUCAUGGAAUAUGCGGCCGGUGGAGAAUUGUAUGAUUAUUUAAGCGAGCGUAAAGUUUUAGAAGAAACGGAAGCGAGAAGAAUUUUCAGACAAAUCAGUACUGCCAUAUACUAUUGUCACAAACAUAAAAUUUGCCAUAGAGAUUUAAAAUUGGAAAAUAUUUUAUUAGAUGAACAUGGCAGUGCCAAAAUUGCAGAUUUUGGUUUAUCAAACGUUUUUGAUGGCCAAAGACUUCUCAACACGUAUUGCGGGAGUCCUUUAUAUGCUUCUCCAGAAAUCGUCAAGGGAACUCCGUAUCACGGACCCGAAGUUGAUUGUUGGUCGCUCGGAGUUUUACUGUACACUCUAGUCUAUGGAGCAAUGCCUUUUGAUGGUUCUAAUUUUAAAAGGCUUGUAAAGCAAAUAUCUCAAGGGGAUUAUUUUGAACCAAAGAAAGCUUCUCCUGCCUCUUCUCUGAUUCGAGACAUGUUAACCGUCAAUUCUCCCGAUCGAGCCAACAUUGAACAGAUUUGUUCUCAUUGGUGGGUGAAUCAAGGGUUCAACGUCUCUUGUUUAGAUAUAGCCGAAGAUCUCGCUAAUCAGACUCCCGUGAGACUUGAUUUACUUUUAUCUCUGGCACCUCCACCGGAAAAUACCGAGAAAAUUGUGGUUACGGAUGACCAAAGAACCAUACCUCAAGAAGUCCCUCCUAGAUCAAUGUCAGUCGGAAGUUUUAUGGAUUUAGAUUCAAACGCCGAAGAAAGAGUAAAAAGUUUUGUUGCUCGCGAAGUGCCUUCAGAACAAACUUCAAACGAAAAAACGAUGAAAAGAAAACUUGAACCGGUUCCGAGUAAAUCAUUCAGCGGAGCAAGAAAAAAAGAACGAACGAAACCGGAAUCUGAUGAAGUUGAAAACGUUACAGCGGAGACUGAAAUAAGUGCCAAUAAAACCGAAAGCAAUAAUACAACAAUGGAUGUAGAUAGAGAAUCUAGUAAUAAAUUAGAAGCAUUUGAUUUACAAGAAGUUAGUGCCAAAGAGGAAGACAAAUCGAAAGAAAAGUUGAGUGAUAAUUCUGAAAAAAAAGUUAUAGAUGAAAAUAAAGUUGUAGAGUCUGAAGGUGAAAAACGUUCGCCGGAAGAAAUUUCUAAAGAAAAAACAACGAGGAAAAGUAUUAAAAUAGUUAAGAAAAAAAAAGUAGACAAAAAAGACUCAGAAACUGAUAAGAAAGAAAAUGAAGUGCUUGAUGCUAAAACGAAACCUGAUAAUCAAAAGACUGAAGUACAAAAAGAAGAAGAAGAAGAGGGUGAUAAAGCUAAAUUAGAAAAACAGGAAAAAACGGAAGAAAAAGUACCGGAGCAAAAAGAAGUUGACAAAAAAGAAAAUGCUCAAGAUGAAAAAGAAAAUGAAAAAGUCGAGGUUGAAAAGGAAAAAUCGGUGGAAAAAGAAAAGAAAGAAAAAACUCCUCAACCUGACGGAAGUGUGUCGAAACCGGUUGAAAGAAGAAAAUCGAAAAUAUUUGAAACGGCAGAAAAGUUUAUGUCGAAUGAUCAAAAAAGUUCCGUUCAAGAAAAGCCGAAAAAAGUAUAUAUUCCUGGAGUCAAAGUUAGCGACUUUGCCAAAGCCUUCGAAAGAAGAUCAUCUAUUCCGACGGCAUCUGUAAAAGCUUCACCAUCCAAAAAAGCAGUCGGCAAAGAUUCAAAAGAAUCAUCACCUGUAAAUAAAAAACCAGUUACUAAACCGAUGGAAAAGAAAAGUGAAUCUCCAGAAAGUAAAAAGCUUGAAAAUAAUUCUAGUCAGGUAGAUAAAACUCAAAAUAAGGUGGUAGAUAAGAAAAAAGAAGAAUCGCCGAAACCCGUUUCAAAAGCGAGCACUCCAGAAGAAAAGCACGAUAAAGAACAGCAACAACAACCGAUUCCGGCAAACGAUGAAAAAUUAAAAAAAUUACGGGAUUCUGCGAGAAAUGUCAUUACGAGUGCUAUAGCCGAAGAUGAAAGAAAGUCAAAUAACAAACAAAUAUUGAAACCUCCUGUGCCAAAAACUAAAACGGAAGACUUGGAUAAAAGGAAAAAUUUGACGCUUCAAAUCGGUAAAGAAACGGCGACGGUUGAAGUUCACACUCCGGAAAAUACAAAAUUUUUAUUCGAACCUGAUAAUUUUAACGAUGCUCAAAAUACCGACAAUAAAGAAAACGUUGAAAAGCCAAAGGAAAAGAAAACGGCCAAAUUGGAAAUCACAUUGAAAUCGAAUACGCUUCCCAGGAGAACUACGAAAGCGGAAGUACGUUUAUCUUCUCCUCAGGUAAAGAAAGAACCUAAUUUCAGAACGGAAGUCGAACACAGAGUCGGCGAUCCAUCUCACGUUUACUCGACUCAAAGAUCUGAAGUUGCUUUCCCUGUUAGUGCGGCCACAAAACCCGUGAGGGCCAUGUCGUUGGAACCGGAUUUUAGAACGAAGCAAAAACCGGUAAAAGAACCUACGAGAGAAAGAAUUAUUCCCAUUGAAUUCGAGGGAAGCGGCAAUAAAGAAGACGUUGAAGCGAGAGAUAGAGUCAAAGAAUUGGAAAAAUCUCGCGAAGGAAAAGUUAAACAUCCGUAUCAAAGAACUUGGUCUUUAAAAUCUAAUUUAUCUCGUCAAAGCACUCAAGAUUCUGACGUAGAAAGCACAGCAUCCGCACCACCAGGAGAGCCAAUUAAAAAAUCUCCGAGGGAAUUUAUUAUUCCCAUUGCUGUCGAAGGAGGGGGAUACGUUACGCCACGUGCAACGAGUUUAGAACCCUCCGAGAGCAUGUCGAAAAGAAAUAGACCUUUUUCGAGAAAGAUCAGUUUGUUCUCCGAAAACGGAUCCGAAGACGAGAGUCCAUUUUCAACCCUUCAAAGACACUCUUCGCGUGACAUGGACGAACCUUUUAGACUUCAUCGGCUACGUAGUUCUCGUCCUACGAAACAAUCAAUCGAAAGAGCCGAUAGCGGUUCGGGAUCGGAAGAAGAAGAUGAUGACGGUUUUGAAUUGUUGACAGCUGAAAACUUGUUUUCGACUCUUCUUUCGAGGGUUCGAAGCCUUACUCAAAGGCUUAACGUUGAGGAUGGAAUGCGGCCAGGUUUUCCUUCUUCAAGACUCUUGUCUAAUCAUUUCGGACCAUCCGAAAGAUUUUGGAAGGAGUUUAAACCGGGAUACGGAAAAUGGAUCGAAGAGCAGUUGGAGUCGUGGGAACAUAAGGAAUUCAGAUUCGAAUCGAUCACUUUCGAGAGGUGA